GUGUACUUCUGCGUUCGUCCGAAUUGGCCAGUUGUGAUGUUAGUAUUUUGUCCAGCAGGUGGUGCUGUUGUGCUGUCCAGAUACCAAUUUGUUCAACCGUGCAUCCUUAUCCUGAUUUGCUUUUCUCCUUUAGUUUAUCCAUUCAUUUUUAGUUAUAUUCACUUUUUAUGAGUCACAAACUAAUAUAUCAUUAUUUUGAUUGGUGGAGGGAUGACGUCACUGACAUACAUAUGCCUGCUGUUGUGCAGACAGGUGAUACCUUUGCUGGAAUGUUAAACGGUGAGGAUUAGAGUCCCAGUCAAGUUUAAUCAUGCCAUAGUAAUUUUUUUUCCACAGACCAGGUGAAGUAUGAAGCUAAUCCGAGACCCCGCUCCCUCCCGGCGUGUCUUCCAUCACCCCCUCCCAUCCAUGCUCCGUCCCUCCUUCUCGUUUGACAAACGCUUUAUUCACGAGCUGCCGCGCGCCGCCGCCGCCGCUCAGACUCCCUGCAGGAACUCCCGGGUACUUUCUGUCCACGAUGCCGCUCAUGUCCAGGUGCGAGCGCAGACGGAGCGCCUGCUGCCUGCUGCCAGCAAUGUGGAGGGCAUGCAGCCUUUUCUGCUCAUGGUCCCUGCUGCUCCUCACGCACGUCUGUGCGCAGUCUCAGCAGAGGCCAAUCUUCACGUGUGGUGGAAACAUCACCGGGGAGUCUGGAGUGAUUGGGAGCCAAGGGUACCCAGGAGUUUACCCUCCGAACACCAAAUGUGUUUGGAGGAUCACAGUCCCCGAAGGCAAGGUGGUGGUACUAUCAUUCCGCACCAUCGAUCUGGAGAAUGACAACCUCUGUCGCUAUGACUACGUGGAUGUUUACAGCGGACACGUCGGUGGCCAGCGACUCGGCCGCUUCUGCGGGACCUUCAAGCCGGGAUCUCUCGUCUCUACGGGCAACAAGAUGCUGCUGCAGAUGGUAUCCGACGCCAACACGGCCGGGAGUGGCUUCCUCGCCGUCUUCUCUGCCGCUCACCCUCAUGAGAGAGGGGAUCAGUACUGCGGAGGCCGACUAGUCAAACCCAAUGGGAGUUUUAAAACUCCAAACUGGCCUGAAAAGGACUAUCCAGCUGGGGUCACGUGUUCUUGGCAUAUAGUGGCUCCUAAAAACCAAAUCAUUGAAGUUAAGUUUGAGAAAUUUGAUGUGGAGCGAGAUAACUACUGUCGCUACGACCACGUCUCCAUCUUCAACGGGGCGGAAAUAAACGACGCAAAGAGGAUCGGCAAAUACUGCGGAGACAGCCCCCCAGCACCCGUGUUUUCGGAAGGAAACCAGGUCCUGAUCCAGUUCCUGUCAGACCUCAGCCUGACUGCGGACGGCUUCAUCGGUCACUACAAGUUCAGACCAAAGAAAUUCCCGAUCACCACCACACCUCCUCCCACCACCACACAGCCGGUCACCACCAGAGCAAUACCUCUGAAGUACUCGGUUGCGCUGUGUCAGCAGAAAUGUAAGCGAAGAGGAACACUCCACAGCAACUACUGCUCCAGCAACUUUGUAAUAACUGGGACGGUCAUCACCGCCAUGAUGAGGGGAGGGAGCAUGUACGCCACCGUCUCCAUCAUCAACGUGUACAAAGAAGGGAACCUCGUGAUCCAGCAGGCGGGGAAGACCAUGAGCACCAAGAUCAUCAUCCUCUGCAAAAAGUGUCCGUUUAUCAGGAGAGGCUUGAACUACCUCUUCAUGGGCCAGGUCGACGAGGAGGGCCGCGGGAAGAUCGCCCCCCACCACUUUGUUAUGGCUUUCAAGACAAAGAACCAAAAGGGACUCAAUGUUCUGAAAAACAAGCAGUGCUGAGCUCCAGCAGUCGUGAGGAUCUCCUCCGAGGUGGUCUGUUCGGGGCGCAGCUCGAGAUGGAAACAAUCCGGCGGAAAAACAAAUCUCAGCAGCGUAAACACAAGCCAGGAUAAACAAUCACUGUGUGCGGAGCUGCUACAUUAAUUCACUUUUUUUUUUUAAUAAUUUGGGAGUUUUUAUCUGAAAGGUUUGUUAAAAAUUUAUUUUUUAUACACUUUUUACAGUUAAAGCAAAAAUUCUCUGUUUAUUUUGGCAUCCUUUCAUUUUUUUGUAUUUUAUUUUAAAUAAAAUGUGAAGAGUUGUGCUUUAAAGCAUCUUGACUGUCCUUAAAAGCUCUCAUAGAUUAACAAAUUAAAUUCAUUUAAGGUGUUUAAGGUUCAUUUUUAAGUGAAUUGAAAGUCUUAAAUGUGGUGAUUACAGUGCAAUAUUUAUUGUUUUUCUUUAAAUCAUUUCUCAGAUUUUAUGUAAACCUUUCUUUUUUUCAAAAUUUUAAUAUAAAAGGUUGCAAAGUGAACAACAUACAUUUGUUUGUAGCAAAGAAAUGUUUUCAUAUGAAAAAGUUUAUACAUAAUAUUUAUAUAUUUGAUUGUUUUCCUUGAACAGAAUUAAAUUUUUUGAACAUUUUCCUGUUUGUAUUUCUUUUAAUGAUGUUUAUCCAGAAAUGGAAAUAAUAUCAAAUAAAUGGGAUUCUUUCUUGUCGUCCUUAGC